AUGGAGGUAAAGCCGGUGGUUGCAGUGGUUACACAGAAGCUGACAGACACCUUGAAUGACGAAUCGGUAGCCGAUAACAAGGUCAUGAUACAUCAACUCAAAGGCGUCAUAAAGUCUCUUAAGAAGCUCCAAAGCUUCUCUGAAGAAAAGGGCGAUUCAGAUGCAUCCCAGAGGGCAACAGACCAUCUUCGUGUUCUUUAUGAGGUUGAAGACGAAGUUGAGAAAUUCACCUUCCGAUUUGCUCAACAGAGAAAGAAGUUUGGUUUCUUAAUGAAAAUAACCUUCUUCUUCAACAAUCUUAACUCCUGUCGUAGGCUCAAACGGAAGAUCAAGAAAAUUCAGACUCAGAUUCCCGCUUCUCCUCGAGACGUGUCUGUUAGAACAAACAGUUCAUUGUCCCAGCAGAACUCAGUGACAACCGUUUCUGAUGACAUUGACACCACCGGAGAAGAAUAUCAGAACGAUGAUGAAGAUGAUUUCAGCUACGAAACACAUCCCCUGACGCAGAAGAGUUCCUCGCAUGUUUGGGUAAUUUCAGAAAUCCCAAGUAGCCCUAGCCCUAAACGGGGGCUUUUGACUCGGUCUUUCACAAUGAUCCCGCAUCUGGAGAAGAUUCAGAUAUCGUCGAGUUUCUCUAAUCAAGAAGAAGAACUCGGGAUUUUCGGGCUUGAUGAUGACAUCAAAAGCUUGGUGAAAUGGGUGACGCAACAACAUGAAAGGAACGUUUCUAGAUUCAUCGACGGAAUCAACAUUCCGGUGAAAAAACAGUCGAGGAAAAAUGAAAUUUUUGUCCCGAUUGUUGGUAAAUUAGGUUCAGGAAAGACCACUCUUGCUCGUGCAGUUUAUAGAAACAGAAAGAUCAAGGAUCACUUUGAACUCCAUGAUUGGGUUUCUGUAACAGAAGAGUAUACAGCAGAUCGUAUCUUGCACAGUGUGUCGAAGAAGGUGGGUUUGGUUAACGAGAAUGGAAAUCAAAAUCAAAGUCUCCUCGAUCACCUCAAGGGUAAGAAGUACCUGAUUGUGAUAGAUUGUGUCGGGAGUCGUGGUGUGGUGGAAGAUCUGAUAGAAGCUUUUCCUGACGAAAAUAAUGGAAGUAAGGUAAUCUUCACCUCUCGUGAAGUUUGGAGAAAUCGAGAGAUGAACAUCAAUCCCCAUAUCUUGCAACCAUUAAACGCAAAGGAAAGCUGGAGUUUGUUUCUGAAGAAGGCUGGAAAGGAAAAGGAGGCUGAUCAAAAUCAAAUCCACCCGAUGACAAGAGGUAGGAUCUUGAAUAUCUGCAGAGGUCUCUCUCUGAAUAUCGUCCUCAUUGCUAAAUUGCUAUCCACUAAGAGCAUAGCAAGAUGGUCCUCUGUAAUUGUUCUUAAUCAAUAUUCUGACGACGACGUUUUGAGCCUAUGUUAUAAUGACCUUCACAUCCAGAAAAAGUUAUGCCUUUUAUACCUCUCUCUUUUCCCAAAAGAUUACGAUAUUCCAGUACGAAGGUUGCUCAGGCUAUGGCUUGCUGAAGGAUUUGUGAAGAAAAGGUUUGUGAAGAAAGGAUCCGAAGAAAUCUCCCCUGAAGAUUUAGUACAGGAAUAUUUCGAUAAUUUGGUUGAUCGGAGUAUGAUUGAGAUAACCAAAUUUAGGUCCGACAACAGCCCUAGACAUUGCCGUUUAGUCUCUGUUUUUCACGACUACCUGCUACCAAAGGCUCAAGACAUCAGCCUCUUCUACAUCCACCGCAAUUCAGAAUCUCUUGAAGAUGCUGCAAAUCCGUUUGGUGUUCGUCGGAUGGUUCACCACAUGACAACCACCGGAGCCGCCGCCGCCACCACCAGAAGGGCACAUUCCGAGGAAGAAGACGCCACUCUCUCUUCUUCUCCGAGUUCCCUUUCUUGUUUCUUUCCAAGUUGCAGAGAAAAUAUAGAUGCCUCCGAUCUCCAGCAAUCACAGCCUCAUAGUUCCACUUUUGAUCCCUCUCUUUUGAGGUCUUAUGUGUCGUUUAACUUCCAACGUAAGGACAUGCCAGAAAGAGAAGUUGGAAUACUUUUGGGGAGAAUUAUCAACAGUCGGUUUGGAUUAUUGAGGGUGCUUGAUCUAGAAGGUGUUUGCAAACCUAAUCUGCCUGAGAAACUCGGUCAAUUGUGUCAUCUGAGGUACCUAGGGCUGAGAUGGACGUUCUUAGAGAGUCUCCCUGAAUCUGUGGGUGACCUGACUUAUCUAGAAACCCUAGAUGUGAAGCACACUUGUGUAGAUACUUUACCCGACUCCAUUUGGAAGCUGAAACACCUUCGUCAUCUCAAUCUGAACAACAUUCGACUUGCCAUGCCACCUAGCAGUUCUUCGAGUCUCCUCACGCUAUGGGGAUUGGUUUUAGAUGAGAAGAUAUCAGUAAACGAGGGUUUGGGGAAGUUGCUUGAUCUUAAAGAGUUGGGGAUUAAGUUUAACCUAAGCAAAAGCCAAGGCGUAUUGCUUGAAUGGAUUGCAAAAUUGAAAAAUCUUCAAUCGUUGAGGUUAAUAUCUGUAGAUGACAUGGGUCGACCUUCGAGGCUAGAUCUGAAACCACUACGGGAUUUGGAGAAACUUUCUCAUCUUAAUCUGUAUGGGAAUUUAGAAAGAUUACCUGCUCCGAUUGAAUUCCCUCCAACAGUUAGGGUUCUUACGCUGUCAGUCUCUCGGCUAGACAAUGAUCCGAUGGAGACAUUGGAACAACUGCCUUCGUUGAUGGUGUUGAGGCUUUUGGGGGAUUCGUACAUAGGAAAAAGAAUGGUUUGUCAUGGAGGAGGAUUUAAGAAGCUUGAGGUGUUGAAGCUGUGGAAGCUGAAUGAUUUGGAGGAAUUGGAUGUGGAGGAAGAAGCAAUGGAGAGACUCAAAGAACUAGACAUCAGACGAUGCCAUAACUUGAACGACAUCCCUUGUAGAUUGCUGCAAAAACAGAGGUGCUUGGAGGAAUUGAUAUUGACAGACAUGCCGGAUGAUUUCGUGGAGAGGAUCAAGAAAAGAAAAUCAAAGGAUACAUCUAUGACAAUCAACCCUUGGAAACUUGCUCCAUAG